UGAAGUGUUUACGGACAGCCCAUGAAUGCACCAUGAGCAGAGUGCGACAGAAGAAGCAGGAAGCAGCAGCAGGGAGCGAGCAGUGAGCAGCAGUCUGCCUACGGGUCGUUUUUCACUCGGAUACAACUUGACUUUUAGAAACGAAGAGUGCCUAGUUCGACGCGAACAUGUAUUUCUUCGCAGUAUUUGUCCUUUUGGGAACAGGACUGACGGCAAACUGCGCCAUGCAUUCCCUCACCUACAUCUACACAGCCUUCUCCAAACCUGUGGAACUCCCGGGCAUCCAUGAGUUCACCGCCAUGGGGCUGCUGGACAACAAGAUGAUCGACUACUUUGACAGCGAUAAUCAGAACAAAGUUCCCAAACAGGACUUUAUGAAGACGCAGAUGCCGGCAGAAUACUGGGAGAAAGGCACGCAGUCCCGCCAGAGCAAGCAGCAGUGGUUCAAAGUCAACAUCAACAUCCUGAUGACACGAAUGAGACAGAAUGACACCGACGUCCACAUUCUGCAGUGGAUGCACGGCUGUAAGGGCGAAAUGCAGCCUGACGGUAAGCUUCAGUACCGCCAUGGGACGGACAUGUACAGCUACGACGGGACCGACUUCCUGUCCUUCGACGACGUCCACUCCACCUGGGUGGCCCCAACCGUCGCGUCAGAGACGACUAAGAGGAAGUGGGAUAAAGUCCAGGUUCUGAAAGAAUACACCAAAGGCUACCUGGAGACUGAGUGCAUGGAAUGGUUGAGCAAGUUUGUGGAGUUUGGAAAACAAAAUGAUGCCAUUCCUCCAAAGGUGCACGUGUUUUCAAAGAAGGCCAAGUCGGAGAAGAACAUCAUCCUGUCGUGCAUGGCCACCGGUUUCUACCCGAAAGACAUCUUGCUGCAGAUCAAACGGAACGGCCGUGUUCUAACCAAAGAGGACGGAGUGUGUUCAACAGGCACUCGACCAAACGGCGACGAGACCUACCAGAGAACAGACAGAGUGGAGAUUCUGAGGACUGACGUGUCCACCUACACCUGUGAAGUGAAUCAUGCUGCGUCAGGAAUGCAUGUUGAGAAGGAAUGGGAUCAUACACUUCCUAGCGGUUCAGGACCCAUCAUUGGCGCAGUGGUAGCGGCGGUGGUGGUGCUGCUGCUCCUGGUCGUGUUGGCGGUGCUCCUGAUUCUCUACAAAAAAGGAAAGCUCGGGGGAAGCAACAGCAGCGACAGCACCAGUGAUGGCUCAGGCGAGACACUUCAGACUGUUGCUACCAAAGGCAACAAUGACAUUGAGGCAUCUAAAGCUCUUAUGAAGGGCUCAGACGAAUCUGUCGACAGCGCUGGCUCUAAGGACUCUGGCGUCCGCAACAAUGACAUUGAGGCAUCUAAAGCUCUUAUGAAGGGCUCAGACGAAUCUGUCGACAGCGCUGGCUCUAAGGACUCUGGCGUCCCUGGUGACACCCCCAGCCCCCAAUCCAGCGCCACAUCCAGCCUACAAGGAGGGAAAUAUUAAUAAUGAUCAAAUAUUGUUGUUCAACUCUAUCGGCUCUUAUUAGGACUCGGAAAACAACCACUUUGACAACAAUUCAAAUAAAAUUAUAAAUAACUUAAAGUGCCCGUGAAGUGCAUGUUUUUGCGCCAAAAUGAAAUGGCAGUUUCAUUCCUUACAUAUCAUUGCGCCUGUUCAUGGCUAAAAUAAUUUUUAAUUAUUACUUAAUUCAUUAUUAAUUUUAAUUAUUACUUAAUUCAUUAUUAAUUUUAAUAAUUACGGCCGUCUAAGCCUAAGAAGUUGCAGACGAUAGCGGCUGUGACGUCACAAGAUGGGCCCUGUUGUAAAGUGAUACAAGUGCGAGAGAAAUGAUUGAUUUUGACAGGAUAGAUGAGGAAAGUGGCUCAGAAGAUGGAAGUGCAGGACAUCAUUGAACCCUACAGAUUUGAGCCGUCAGGGACGUCAAGUGGGGAGGAUAAUGGCGACGACAUGGACGAUGGGGAAGACAUUGACCGGCUACAGAACACUGAAUGGUUAGCAGGUUAGCAGUGACUGUGCUGUCACUGUCGAUUGGAAAAUAGGGGGGGGGGGGGGGCGUGAAGUGAAGACUGAAGGGUCCUUUGCCUUGUUUAAAAUCUCUGCUUGGGCUCAGCCUCUGGGAAAUAAUUAGCUUAUGUACAUGGCAUGUGCUAGAGUAUUAUUAAACUAUUAAAUUAUUAAACCCACUGAGAUAACUUAGGCUACAGUUUACAAUCUAAUCACUCAGAGUCCUUUACCUCCCUGAGCUGACAUUAUCUCUCUCAGUCCCACAGGAGAGGACUCUCCCUCUCCUUAUUGUUGAAACAGCUAAUCUCCGUUAGCUCCGAGCUAGCACCAGAUGCUAACAACAACCAUGUAACUCUCUCAGUCUCUCUUUCUCUCUCGAAUCGACCAGUGGCCUUUAUUUGUCAUGAACAAUCAACGAAUCUACGAAACAAUGACACCAGCCAGGCUCACCUUCAUCUUUUGGGAACAGAAACAUCGCCACUUCGGCAGACUUGACAUUAAUACGGCCAGCGGCAAUGCAUCGCUUCCCGUGUGUUUUUCCUCCCUUUUUCUUCACUCUGGCCUCCAUUGUCAGGUUUUCUCGAUUGGCAAUCACUUCCAGUCGACUCCGACACACUUUCCAGUAAAAUACUCGCUCAAAAACUUUGAUAAAUUCGACUUUGAAACAGAGAAACAAUAAACUGUGAUGAAUGUAAACACUUCGGCGGCGACCAUCUCGUGACGUCACGCAGUAGAUCGCAAGCCACGCCCACGAAGGCGGAGGUCAACUGCGGAUUUCCCUGCGGCAAAUUCAAAACUCGUCAAAUUCGUUGCUAUUCCAACAUCUUUUGAUAUGGUUCCAAUGGACAAUUUUGGUCAUUACUAUACGUAUUAGCAUAACAGAUCAUGCGCAGGCGCACACUUCACGGGGUCUUUAAGGCUGUUUUAAAUUCUCCAGGACUAUAAAGAUGUUUUAAAUUCAGUAUAUAUAUUACGUGUACUCAAAAGCUGCAACUGGUAAAUACACUGAAUGAACUGAGGCAAACCAAAGUUAGCCUCAAUGUUUUAGCCUGGAUUAAAGAAGAAUAUAAUGCUUUUACCCUGGAUAUAAAUUAGUACACAGUGUUUUUGUUGGUGAUUUGCAGGAAAUAUUCAGAGCCAAAAGUUCUCAUGUACUGCUUUUAUGCUUUUAAUACUCUGCUGAGCAAAACAUAUUAUGGUUUUAUUGAGUGUGCACAUUUUAGAAAAAUGUUCAUGAAAGCGUUGAAUGUGUAGCUUCUAAAGCGGCAAGAUGCUUUUCAUUGUACUUUGACACAGAUUAUUUGGUAAUUAACAUGUAACCAGUUCACAAAAGAUUUGUAUUCUUGGUGGGAUUUGUACAUACAAUAAUUAUUAAUGAAGUAUAAUCAGGCAAAUGUUAUUUUAUCUUUACAUUUUAAUGUGUUUACUCUUUCGGGUCGUAUUCAGGGUUAUGCUAAACUGUAAUACAUUUGCAUUCACAUUUAUUGUCUUCAAAAAAAUCUAACUCCAGACAAGGAAAUUGUUUAAUUAGGUUUUUUAGGAAAUUGAAAUAUUUGUACUUAAUGGAUAUGACUUUCCAUAUUGAAAUCUCCAUUAUGCCUGUGUAUUUAAAAGGUCUGUACCCUUAAAGACUCCAUUGAUUGUUAAGACAUUAGUGACACUUAUUAAAUAUUUGAAGCUUCUGUCUAAAAAGUUAAAUUAUGUAUACAACACAAUGAAAUGUUCUUUCUGCUAUCUCCUGAUGCGUUUUUACUCUGAAGAUGUUUUAAUGAGUGCUUUUUUUUAAAUGUCUAAGCUACAAAUACAUGUGUCCUUCACAUUGUGUACAAUUGAAAUAAAUCCUGUAACCACC